AGGAACGUGAAGGUUAUCCUUGGGAAAAACAAAUGCUUAAGUUUAAUGGCCAUGUUGCUGCUUUGAUGGCUAUCUCCUCCCAGGGUGUUUGUGUCCCCCUUUCCGGCUUUGGUGCGGAAUUGGGGCAGGAAGGGGCGAUGCAGGUGUGGGAGCCGCUCCUCCCCUCGCCCUAUUUACACCAAAUAAACCUCCUCUGCCAGCAGGCUGGCACUCGCCUUAAAAGCGAGGGUGAGUGACAGGGGCAGAGGGGACGUGGCAGCAGCGUGCUCCAGAGCCGGGGCACAUGCUGCAGGUGGGGCUCAGCCUGCCCCGCUCCACUGCGAGGGUGGCCAGCAGCUUCCCCAUGGCCGAGCCAGCCGUGGAUGAUAACACGGGCACCAGGCAAGAGACGUUUGGCUCCUCUGCAGUCACCGUCGUGAUCACGUCUGAGGCUGAUACGUGGGACAUUGACGCCUCCUCUCUGCUGGGCUGUGGACAGUUUGUGGAUUGGGACAGGCUGCCAGCCCCAGAGCAGCGGGCAGAUGUCCCCCGAGACAUCCUCUGCAGGCCCCCGAAGGAGCUAAAGAAGCUGGCGAGAGAAGGCUACUGGGCGGUGAGCCAUGCUCUGAGAGCUCAGGUCUACCACCAGCUCAUCCAGCAGGUCGCCUGCCGGCUCGUCACUCCCGAUGCUCUCGUCUACAGGGAUGUGGCGAGUCGGCUCUUCGGGAAGCUGAGUGUGAGCUCCCACCCAUUGCCUGAGUUCCUGGAAGGAUGCUCCAUGCCCACAUACUGCCUCAACCUGGCAGGGGUCACCGCCCUGAAGAAGAUCCUCAUCUGUGUUGGCAAUCUUUUCCCUGACAUAACCUACAGCCCAAUCCUCCCCUCUAUGGUGGCUCUGCUGCUGCACUACAGCAAAGAUGAAGCUCAGUGCUUUGAGAACAUCUCUCGCCUCAUCGCCAGCAAUGCUCCCCACACCAGCUACAUCGACCAGUCCUUCUUGGCCCACCAGGCUUCCUGCAUGACUUUUGGAGAUCUGGCCAACAAGCACUGCCCAGCAGCUCACAAACUCAUAGCCAGCACAUCUGAGAACGUCUUUGAGGUCUAUUCUGAAUGGUUAUCGUGGCUUUUUCAAGACCUCCCCUUCAAUUACGCCAUCCGUGUCUUUGAUGUCUACCUGCUGGAGGGGCAGAAGGUCCUCUACCGCAUCGCCCUGGCCUUGCUGAAGCAGUACAGGCUCUCAGUGACCUCCACUGAGGUGGAGAGGACUGACAUUAAGGCAAACCUGCAGGCUUUUGUGCAGAACAUUGCUGAGCACAUGACUGUUGACAAACUCCUUGAGAGAGCUUUUGGCAUCCGGCUGUUCUCCCGCAAGGAAAUAUGGCUUCUCCAGAUGGCCAACAGGAAGGCGUUAAUGGAGAGGGGCAUAACCAUGGCGCAGAGCAGGCAGUCUUUCCACCUGGCUGUGGACAUGCAGAACUUCAGCUCCAGCAUUGUAACAGCUCAGGAGAUGCGCAUCAUCUGGUCCUGGAUCCCCGAGCGCUUCUCCCUCUUCUCCCCGUUGCUGCUCUUCUCCACCUCAGAAGAUGGGUGCAGCCUGCAAAGGUUUUACACAUGCUGUGAAGGCUACGAACCAACGGUGCUGCUCAUAAAAACCACCGAAGGGGAGGUGUGUGGGGCAUUUCUCUCCUCCGACUGGAGUGAAAGGAAAAAGAGUGGGGCGACAUCAGGCUUCUUUGGGACAGGGGAGUGCUUUGUGUUCACUGUGCGUCCCAACACAGAAAGGUACGAGUGGGUGUUCAUCAAGAAGCCGGAGCUGGCCAAAGCCGUGCCACGCUCAUGCCAGCGGUCGCGUUCCCCCUCUCCCAUGUUCCACCUCCGCUCCUCCCCAGAUGAACGCGGAACCAGCUCAAACCAUCUCACUGUGCCUGUGCCACAGAGGAAAAGCCGUCUCUCCCCAUUUCUGGCCAUCAGGCAUUUCCUCCUGCCUUCCAAAACAGCUUCUAUGUUCAUGUCCGGCUCUCGGGAAGGGAUCAUUAUCGGUGGAGGAGGAGGCCAAGCUCUAUCCCUCGAUGCCAACCUGCUCUGGGGACACACAGAGCACUGUGAGACCUUCGACAACCCUCCACUCUGCCAGGAGAACUUCCAGGUGCAGCUCUUGGAAGUGUGGGGCUUCCGAAACACCUAAGUCCUAUAGAGGACAGCCCUUCACCGUGCUGCCCAUGGAGAUGGGGACCCCUCACCACGCUGGCUGGCAUCCUACCCUCCUGCUGAGGUCCUGGCCGGCAGUGAAGCAGGCAUCUCCACUUGCCAUCCUCCCCUCCAUGGUCAGCUGUCGUGGUGGUGUGGAGACAGGGCAAUGUGGUGCUGGGAAAGGCACUGUGGGCACUGCCUUCGGGGACAUUUGAGGUCCCCUCCCGCAGUUUAGACCCAGCCCACUCCACCCAAUCUGUCCCAAUUUAGGAUGCUGGAGAUGGGGUAAGCCAGCCUGGUGUUUCCCACACCUCCCUGGCCUGUUUGUGGCUUGGGGCUCAGCAAAGCAACGGCGCCUUUGCAGACUUUGUAGGAUUUUGAGCCCAGGCAAACCCCAACACCAAGGUAGAAAGCUGACCCGGAGGUCUCAGCCCCUGCUUCCCUGGGGUCUCAAGCCCAGUGCCACCUGUUAAGCCAUGCACAGAACUCUGCAGCCUUUGUGGGUUACCAGGACUCCCCAGGCUCGCACAAUGAUCACCCUCUGGCACAGCGACUCCAUGUUGGUGGUUGAAAUUCAUCAUCAGCAAUUAGCAAAGAUCAUAGAAUCACAGAAUCAUAGACUGUCCUGAGCUGGAAAGGACCCCCAAGGAUCAUCCGGCUCCUCUCCCCUCAUCGGACACCCCAACAUUCCCACAGUGGGGCUGAGGGCGUUGGCCAAAUGCUGCUGGAAUAUUGUCAGGCUUGGUGCCAUGACUGCUGCCCUGGGAGCUGUUCCAGUGCUCUACCACCCUCUGGGGGAAGAACCUUGUCCUGAUGUUCAACCUAACCCUCCCCUGGCAUCUUCCUGCCAUUCCCUUGGGUCCUGUCGUUGGUCACCAGAGAGAAGAGCUCAGCACCUGCUCCUCCUCCUCCCCUUGUGAGGAAGCUGUAAUCUCGACGAGGUCUCCUCUUCUCCAAGCUGAACAGCCCAAGUGUCUUCAGCUGCUUCACACGCUUCCCCUCUGAACCUUCCACUAAUAUUGUGGCCAUCAAAGACCGACCCGCUGUGUGCACCUGCAGCCAGCGAGACCCCCGGCCACCGCCGCUCUGUGCAGAACUGCAGACUCUGCUCACCACAAAGGGGCUGUGGGUGAUGUGGGACCGUGAGCAGAGAACACACACGAGCCCUCACCAACCCUGCUGACUGCCUGGCGCCAAGACAACGGGAGAUGUGCCAGAAUAAGACACGGAUGUGAACGCGUAUGUGUGGUUGGGUCAGACCAGGCAGGGCUGUAGGGCCAUCACCCGGCUGCAGGAUGAGAACAUAUCCCACAUCCAAGUAUAUUUCCUGCUCGUGUUUUUUUUCUUCCAUCUAUUCCAUUUCUCGAGCUUUUCAGGGCAGCAACUGCUGCCGCCCCGGUGCCGGCUCCCAGCAGGCAGGGAUGUGGGCAGGAGCAGGCGAGGGCAGCGAGCUCCCACAGCACCGGGCACGAGGCAGCGCUCGGAAUGUCUAUGGACUUCCAAGGGUGGAGAGAGGAGGUGACCAUGCAUUGGUGAAAGAGCACUGCAGAAUUACUCCUUCACUUCAAUUAAAACUUCUGCU